UCAUAUUAAAUUUUAUCAUGGAUCAACCAACGGUACUUGGUUUUCAGUUUGAACCAGAAUUUCAGGAUGAUGAAGAACAUUCUGAACCUGAAGAAUAUUCUGAUAUUUCUUUGGAUGAUGCGAACUUGCGAGCUAUUACAGCGGAGGGAGAUAGGAAAGCUGGGGUCGAUGGUUGGUGUACUUGUGGGCACUGGGUCGUAUUGGAUACGGAAAGAGAGUGCAUAUGCUGCCACGAGAUAGACGAAAUAAAAUAUUUCAAAUUAGACGAUUGCAGAUGUAUCACUGAGCACGAUAGCUUUUCAAACGUGAUGCUGGACAGGGGUGUUCUGUGGACUGCUUUGGUAUCGUUAUAUGACAGGGAAAAUGCAUCGUUACCAUGUGAUAGGGAUAACGUACCUAGCCAAUCAUAUCGCUACGCAUCGUACAGACAGUUUAGUUGGUUCAUCCAUACUAGGUUGGGACGAGGUGUGCGGAGAGUCAUUUCUGCUUGUGUCGUUGCUAAAAUAAGAACAGCCUUCCCUUCUGAAAGUGGUAAUUACACUGGGUUUAGAGAGGGAGGAACGAAUGUUCCCGAGAUUGAAAUGGUGUGGCAAUUUGCAGCUCACGAAGACGAAAGCGACUAAACCGUUCAUUAGUAUACGUGUAAAAUAUCCAUGUAAAUAAUAUAUGUAUGAAAAUAGUAUGUAAAUAAUUAUAUAAGCUAAAAAAAUAAAAAGUCACUACAGUUUUAA